AUGUAUAAAUAUCUAUUUCUAUAUUAUGUAUCCAUCCUCAUUUCUGUUUUUUUUUUUCUUUUGCUCCUGCAGUUUAUUGUGGAGUGUCAUGGGAAUACACUUCUUCCCCAGUUUUUGGGCAUGUACCGGCUUACUGUUGAUGGAGUUGAAGUAUAUAUGAUCGUUACAAGAAAUGUGUUCAGCCAUCGUUUAUCUGUUUAUAGAAAAUAUGAUUUAAAGGGCUCUACUGUGGCUCGAGAAGCCAGUGACAAAGAAAAGGCCAAAGAGCUGCCGACGUUCAAAGACAAUGAUUUUAUUAACGAUGGCCAAAAGAUUCAUAUUGAUGAGAAUAACAAAAAGAUGUUCCUUGAGAAACUCAAGAAGGAUGUCGAGUUCCUUGCUCAGUUAAAACUCAUGGACUACAGCUUGCUGGUUGGAAUUCAUGAUGUUGAAAGAGCUGAACAGGAAGAAGUAGAGUGUGAAGAGAAUGAUGGGGAAGAGGAAGGUGAAAGUGAUGGGACCCACCCCAUUGGAACCCCUCCAGACAGUCCAGGAAACACGCUGAACAGCUCGCUGCCCUUGGCUCCGGGGGAAUUUGAUCCAGCUAUUGAUGUUUAUGGAAUAAAAUCCCAUGAAAAUGCACCUAGGAAGGAAGUAUACUUUAUGGCCAUUAUUGACAUUCUUACUCAUUAUGAUGCAAAAAAGAAAGCUGCCCAUGCUGCAAAAACGGUAAAGCACGGGGCUGGUGCAGAAAUUUCAACUGUUAAUCCUGAACAGUAUUCAAAGCGCUUCUUGGACUUUAUUGCCAACAUCUUGACGUAACCUAUCGUGUUACACAGGACAGACACGAGACCUGGGGACAGCAGCAGUGGCUACAAGUGUAGUGAAAAAAAGGAACUCGGAGAAGCGCUCAUCUUACCGAAAGCAACCCCUUUGUUUACAUCUGCUGGCAAAGAUGACUGAAGUGGGGUGGAGUACUCGCUUUAACAGCUGCCUGAUAUUCCCAGCAUAGUUCUAGCUAUUUCUGACUCUUUUGUGUGUGCAAAAAAAAAAAAAAAAAAAAAUUAAAUUAAAUAAAUAGACAGCUUAUUCAGAGUGCACUGUGAAAGUAAUACUCUGAUGCUACCAGCUGAAACAGAGUAAGUGAGCAAAGUGUGGGGUGGGGGUGGGGAAGAGUAAAUGCAUGUUAAAUUUACAAUAUUGAUAUCAAAUUGUAAACUGUGGAUCAGUUUAUUUUUUGAACUAAAAACAUACAUGACAGUAUUCUUCAUGACAGUAUGAUGACGAUGAUGAUAAUAAAAACCUUACUGCGAAUGUUACACUUACACCCUGCACACUGGCACUCCUUAAAAAAGCAGCUGCAACAGCCCUUGGUGCCGGAGGCUUUUCCCAUUCGGUUCCUAGCAGUUGGGUUUUUCCUUUUUUUUUUUCUCCUUCUCCCGUUUUUGUCUUCUUUUCAGCACAUUGCAUCGGGAAGUUCGGCCUCUCAGACAUCUGAGAGCCGGCGUCUCUUACCUUCCGAAGAGCUAACGUAAUUCAUGCUGUAUGUACAUUUUUGCUACAGUAAACUUAUGUUAAGGGAAAACUUUGCUUAUUUUGCUUUCUUACCUGAAGUUUUCAUUUGUUUUCUAUUCUUGCAGUAUAGGAACUAAUAAUGUUACAAGUGGUAAAAAAAGCUUAGCUGAAGAAGCGCAUAGUUUUGGGCAAUAGUAGCUCCAUCUUUCACCCAUUGUGAAAGAUGUGCACACUGAUAGAAAUUCCAUUCCCUUGUAAUUUACUGGGAAUUUGAAGUUUAAAUGCUUGUGUUGUACUGUUGAAACAGCGGUAUUUUAUUAUAGAUUAUCCCUCUAAAAAUGAACCCUGAAUAUUUACUGUUUACAUUAUUAGGAAAGCAGGGAUAUUUCUGAAUUUCAGAGCCGUGUACAAUAUAUGACUUUUGAGUUUACAUGUAAAGUUAUUUUGCAGUACAAAAUGAAGUAAUGUUUGUCAUCUUCCAAGGUGUAAUGUGCAGUAGUAUACUAAAGUGAAUGUCUCGCUCACCUCCAUGAUGGACUCUUUUACAACAAAAUGAGAAAGGUUAUUUCAGAGGGUUUUUUCCCAAGGUAGUCUUUUAGCAUCAAAAUGACCUGUCCUACCAUUUACUCAAGUUUGAUUGUAUAGUACAUUGCCUAAAACUGUGCUGAUCAUGUUUAACUUGUUUAAAAUUUUUAAACAUUGUAUUUCUUCUCUUCUUGUAUUUUUCCCUGAAAGACUCCAUGCUUGAAAGAGACAAAUUUACAUUUGCUUAAAAGUUUAUCUACUUAUACACUGUGCUAAAGCUGUGCCUUUAAAAUUUCUUCAUUGAAAUCGUUAGAUUUUGUAGGCAACGUAAGAGAAGUCAAGCCCUCCCCGUCAUCAUUUAUAACUCACAUCAGGAGUGCCAGCAUGCCUUCUCCAGAACUAACGUCAGUGCUGUUCAGCCUGCAACCGUGCAUAACGUAUGUAGUGGUUUACUUCAGAGGAGCCUAUACGAUAGCAACCCAUUACACUCUCUUCAGCGGCCAAAGGCAAUACUAUCCCUGUUGCUUUGUACUAAUUUUUUUCUCCUUUCCCCCACCUUCCCUACAGGUUUUUUUGUUACGUUUGACUUAGUGAUGUCCGCAGCACUGUAAUGUAUGUGUAUACUUUUGUAUUGUAUGUAUUUAAAUAAGUUGGUACUGUGGCUUGAUAUUUUUUUUGUCCUCCCUAUAUACCCCAGUUGUCUGCAUUCUCACCCAAGUUUCAUUUUCUGAAGCGUGCUGUGGCUUCUUAAAGUAUGGGGCCACAGGGAGACCCUGAAGUAAAAAUGAGGUACACAUACUUGGAGUAACGUAUUUGAUUGCGGCCAACGAGCGUACAUUUUUAGACAAUUUUAGACAUUUAAAACAAAGCAUUCUUUUUGUCUGUGUAGCAGUUUUGUCACUCAUUCUUGUUGAUAAACUGUUUAUUUGGACAGGGCAAGGAAGAUUCAUUAUUGUAUAUGUUAGUGCUUAGAUUACACUCCAAACAUGAGCAAGGCUUUAUAAAAUAAAGCACUUUGAUGACUCACUAGGUAAA